GGCACAAUGGUGUUGCUUUGGGAAGCCUGCAAGAGGGAGCAGGAGUAUGGAGAGAGCUGGUGGAAGCCCAGGUCCUUCCCUGGCAGACAGAAGUAGCCAACCCUGCAUGGGCCUGCGGCCGAGCCUUGGCUCCUCGGGGUGUCUUGGCCCCCUGCUGGCCUGUGACCGUCUCCAGCUGCAUGGAGCCAUGGGUCCCACAUUCCUACUGCUGCUGCUGCUGCUGUGCGGCAAGGGCUGCCUCUCAGGUGCCCCUGUUGAGAGUGUGUACUCCAAAGUGCAGCAUUUUGAAGGGGAGACCCUGUCUGUGCAGUGCUCCUAUAAGAGCCGCAAAAACCGCGUGGAGGGUAAGGUUUGGUGCAAAAUCAGGAGGAAGAAGUGUGAGACUGGGUUUGCCCGGGUCUGGGCACAGGGGCCGCGCUACGUGCUGCAGGACGAUACCCAGGCCAAGGUGGUCAACAUCACCAUGGCGGACCUCAGGCGCCAGGACUCGGGCCGGUACUGGUGUAUGCGCAACAGCUCGGGGACCCUCUACCCUCUGAUGGGCUUCCAGCUGGAAGUGUCGCCAGCCCCCACAACCAAAAGAAACACUCCUCUUACCCAGCUGUCCAGCAUCCUCAAGAGCGGAAUGGUCGUCACCGCGGGCCAAGCCCCUCCCGCAGGCCCUGAUGCCCCUUUUACCACCGGUGUGACGGUGUUCACACCUGGAGUCCUCACCCUUGCCAGACUCUUGCCCUCCACUGCCUCAGGGACCAUCAGCCUGGCCUCCUUGACAGGCUACAGCUUCACCAGCCCCUCCAGCCCAGAGCCCAGAAGGACCACGGGGCUCCAGACUGUGAGUGCAUCUCCCAGCAAUGCCAGAGCCUCCUCGGCUGGCCCAGCAUCCGUCUUCACCACGGCUGGGCACCUGCCCACCAGAUCGCCCACCACGCGAUUGUGCCAUACCAGCAGAUCUCCCCUCGACAAAUUACCCCCUAUCAGGUACCAGGAUUCUUAUCCCAUUGUGCUUGUGGGCGGACUGACCUUCCUGUCAGUGCCUGUGGUGCUGAUCGUGGUCUAUGGGUUCUGGAAGAAGAGACACAUAGGAAGCUACAGCGUGUGCAGGGAUUCUGCUAGACCCUGGAAGGACCCACCAGGACGGUCGGAGCCCCCAUGGAAACCUGCUUGGUUUAAGGCCACGUAUGGAGUGGGGGAGCUUCUCCCAGAGGGGCCCCAGGAGGCCAGAGGAGGAGUGAAGUUGGGGAACUAUCUGGAUUGGAGCCAGGGUGGGGGGUGAGGACUUGUGCAGAGCUGGACUCCGGCCUUUCCAGAACCAGAGGCUGCACUUUACACACAGUCCCCCUGGGCUGCCAGGAACCUGGGGCGGGACCCAGAGUGGAGGACACCAGGCAUUGAGCCCUGGGGGAAGCCACCAAGGGAUUCUGCUUAGAGCCACAGGCCCCCAGGCCCCCGCUGGAUGACAGAGAAGCCCCGAUGAUGCUGUUUACAGACAGAGAGCCUCAGCUCCCCUUGGCCUCAAACCCCUUGCUACUACGGUGAAGGGAGCAGGGGUGGGGGGUGGACGGCUGCCCUCUCUUCACCAGAACCCUGUGUCCUCAGCUUCCCUUUGCUCCCUCCAAGCUUCUCCAUGCACUUGGAGAAGAAAGCAUCCCAGAGGCAGCCCAUGUCCCAGUGGCCUGCCCUGGAGGAGAAGAAGGAACAGUAACUAAGAAUUGGGGGUCCGCAGAGGCAUCGGCAGCAGGGGUCCCAAGAGCUGUCCAAGCCCUCACCCCUCUGAGCCAUGCAUCCUCUGAUCGGCCUCUGGAUGUCCCCUGCUCUUGGCACCUACUGGUCCCUCAAGUCCUGGGAGCCAGCAAGCCCACACUCUCAGUGCUGCCCCCUGCUGGCUGGCCCUCCUGGGAAAGCUGUGACAGAGCCGCUGAGAGCCCCUCUAAGCGGCAGGACCACCGUGUCCCCAGACUGGGGUGCAGAGGCUGAACUCGGCUCUCUCCCCCAGUUUCGACACCUGAGCUCCAGGUCUGAGCUCCUGGAGGGGACUGAGGGCCCUCAGAGUCCCCUGAAGGGAGGACCAGGACUCACAGAAAGGGGGGAAUCCCCACCCCCACCCCCACCCCCACCUCCAGGGAAAAAGAGGAGCCACUUGUGACACAGCAAAGACAACUCAGCUGACCACAACCUGGAGAACUGCCCGGUGGGGCGGGAUGGGGAAGAUGGAGCCAAGGAGCCUGGGGAGUCUGCCCCUGCCUCACAGGCUUACGGUUCAGACUUGGCCUCUACUGCGGAGAGGGCUGGAGGAUACGGUCUGGGUUCCUCCCCUGGAAGGGAGCUCCACCGGCCUGCAGUCACUGGAAUAAGCACCUGGGGACAGAUGUGGCAUUUCCACUCUUGGCCCUGAGUCAGGGACCUCCCAGUGGGGAGAGCAAACAUCACAGUCAGGAGGGUGACACAGCUGGAGCCAUGGUGGGGCCACUCCAGGAUGCAUAUGGGGAGAGAGGAAGGGGCAGGGGGUCAUCACAGGGGACAGCAGGGAGGAGGCACCUCUUCCCUGUGUCCAGGAGAGGGCACUAGAAGGGAGAUUCAGACUGAGGAACUAACUGGCGUGGUGUCAGGACACACACACACACACAGACACCUGUCCUCCUUACCAGGAGGGGGUGGUCACCAGCUGGUGUGUAACUAGGAGGGGGUCUUAACUCACCUUGGAGAAACAGCUGACUUCCAUCCACCCUGAACGCACUGCCUCCUUGGAGAGCAAGUGUUUGGUGGGAGAGCGUGACAGAGGACGCACGACUGGGACUCGGGUGCCACUUGUCCCCGUGUGACCCUGUGCAACUCACUAACCCGACCGGGCCUCAGUUUUCCUCUUGUGAAAGGGGACACUAAUUCCUACCUCAAGACUGUUGUCAGAAUAAAACGA